AGCUGCAGCACUUUGGUGUGAUACCUGUCAGAAUCAUUCCCAGAGCGAGGUUGGGUUUGUGACCAUGAUGUCAAGAUUGGUCUUUCUCCUUUUCUGUGGAUAUAUUGCACUAAACCUGGGAAAGGCUCAGAAAUUGCCAAGAGUGAAAAGACAGAGUCUGAAAGUUCAGAUCAAUGCAACAGAUGACACCGUUUGCAUGAGGUAUCUUCGUCCAAGUCAAAACACCAGACUGGAAGGUUUUGUCCUGGGUUAUGGAAGCAGCUUCUUCUCUAAUCAGUACAUUCCUUUACCUUCAGAUGGAAAAACCUCCAUAACAGAACUUGAUGCAGAGCCACGGUAUUUGGUUUCAGUAAGACCAGCACGCGUUUCAAAUAACAAGAAAUCUUGUUCAGGUCGGACCAAGACUCAAAAGCCUCUGCAGCUGGUAGUUGGCACUCUCACCCCAACCUCUGUGUUCCUCUCUUGGGGCAUCCUAGUCAACCCUCAACAUGAUUGGACAGCAACAAGCAACUGUGCUAGUGACAGGUUUUAUACAGUUCGCUACAGAGAAAAGGGUAAAGACAAGAAAUGGGUUUUUCAGCUCUGCCCAGUUACAGAGACAGUGGUGGACAAUCUGAAGCCAAACACACUCUAUGAGUUUGGAGUUAAAGACAACGUAGAUGAUAGUGUUUGGAGCAAGACUUUCAAUCAUAAGACAAUUCUCUCUAGUAAAAAAGUAAACGGGCAGCUCCAGAAUAUGUACAAGUUGGUACCUAAUUCCCAAACACAGCUUACACUGCGUGAUAAUAAGAAGUUGGUCCCUGUCACAAUAAUCAAACAAGUUAUUCAAAAUCGGACACAGUCAAAAACUACAGAUAUUUCUUCUCUGCCAGGAGCAAUAUUAGUGCACCUUAUUGUCCCAGGUCUCAAUGAAACUCAGCAGAAACUUCCUCCUCUCCUGACAAUAGAUGACAUACCUCAAGCAUCUAGGAAAAAACUGGCUAAGAAUGAAACUGGAGUAUGGCCUGCUGAAUCCAAAACACCAGCAGUUCAAGAAAUCUCCCCACAGUCCCUACCUGCUCAGACUGAGAGAAAGCGUGGACCUGAGGAGUUUAAAUCAACGUCUAAACCCGAAUUGGUGCAAACCCAAAGCAUACUGGCUCCUGGGGAAAAGCAGCAUAUUUCUCCAAGAUCCACAAUGUCAGCUAUUCCAGAAAUGUCACCAACAAAACCUGCUACCCAGGCACCAGGUAUAAAAUUCACAUCCCCUACCUCUAUGGAAACCCAAGGAAGCGUGAUAGCUAUUGAUGAAAAGCAGCACAUUUCUUCAAGAUCUGAAACAUCUGGCAUCCAAGAAAUGCCAUCAACUCUACACGCUCCCCCAAGACCAGUCCUGGAGCCCACAGCUGUUCCUUCUCUGGAAACCACGAGGACAGUGAUGGUCACUCAGAGACCAAAGCCGAAAUCUACUUCUCCUUACCCUGCUAGCCAAAGACCAAGGAAGGCUACUCGAAGACCAAGGCUGAAGACCACCACUCCUUCCACCCUGACAACCCAGCAAACUGUGAUGGUUACAAGUUCAGCUGACCUGGAAAAAUCUGUGCCUCUGCUUCCCAGAAUACCUCAUGUGCUAACAACAACUAUGGCAGCAACAAGUGAAUCCAUGCUGGAAUCUUUCACACCUAAAACUCGUCCUUUUCAGUCGCCAAGUUUACCACUAGCUCCAAAAGAAAUACCACUUAUUCCUUCUAAACUGAAACCAUCUCCUACCUCAGAAGUACAGGAUGUGAAACCUGCCCAUAAACCACCACAUUUGGAGCGUAAAACUUCUCAGGCCUUUGAACAACCAAAAGCAACUCUAGCUCCUAAAAAAGAAGCAAAACUCCCACCUUCUACAUCUAAACCUAGACCACCAGCCAGAACCAAAAAGCCACGCACUAAACCUGCAGCAGCUAUUCCGGUGUCAGUCACCACUAGGAUUCCCUACACCUAUGAACAUCCAAAGACUACAAAGGUCUUGGAACCUAUUACACUUAGAACUGAAUCACCAAGGUCAACGAUAGCACCCAAGGAUCCACAACGUAUUCCUUCUAAGCCUAAAACAUCACCCAAACCUCAUGUCCCCCAGGCCAAAGAGGUUCCAAAAGAAAUACAGCGUGUCCCCUCCAAGCCUAGAACAUCACCAAGCUCAGAAGUGCCACAAACCAAACCUGUUCUGGAACCAUUUACAUUUAGCACUGAGAAACCAAAGGCAACAGAAGCUCCUAAAGAAACGCGUCAUAGGCCUUCCAAACCUAAAACACCAACCAGUCCACGUGUUCCUCCAACUAGAGCAAGUCCAAAAGAAAGCCGGCGAGUGCCUUCCAAGCCCAGAACAUCACCAAGUCCAGAUGUAUACCCCACAAAACCUGUUUUGGCACCUACUACAUUUACAGUUGAACAACCAAAGACAGCAACAGCUACUAAAGAAUCCCAACGUACUCCCUUUAAACCUAAAGUAGCUCCCAUCCCAGAUGCUCCACACAUCAAGUCUGAAAUCAUUCCAACCUAUCAUGAACCACAUACUACUGAGAUUCCUCAUAUUCCUGAACGAACAAAGGCAACAUUGGCUCCAACUGAAAAACAGAUCACUCAUAGAAAACCUAAACCAUCUGACAAACAGAGAGUGCCACACACCAAACCCGCAAUCCAUCAGACAACUCCACAACCAAUUUUUACAAAAUCUUCUACUACCACUGAGUAUUCAAAGGCAACAAUGGCUCCAAAAGAAACACCAUUCAUUCCUUCCAAAUCCAAAAUAUCUGUCGGGCCAGAAGUACCACAAACUAAGCCUGCUUCAAGGGCACCACACCUGGGAUCAAUUAACCUUAUAACAGUUCAUGUUGUUGAUGGGUCCAAAAUGACUUUGGUUCCCAAUGAAACUUACCAGAUUUCACCCAAGCCCAAAACUGCUCUAACAACUGAAAUUCCAUGGUUCGACAAAGCGCCUCAUAAACCACAUCUCACUUCUGCAAGACCAAAGCCAUCUGAUAAAUCACAGACCAGACCUGCUCUUAGUACAACCACACUAGCACCACCUAGAACAAAAGCACAUGGACUACCAAAGUGGACUCUGCCAACAACAGAUGAUGUAUAUGCACCUGAGGAUAUUGACAGGCAUAUUGGCAUGGAUGUGAAAAAACCUUUUGAAUACAGGGAUACCUGGGAAAAGCCUGUUUCUGUAACUACAUCACCUGCCCCUCAGCGUCCUCCAAUACCCCCUGUCAAGCCUACACAAAUGAGAAGAAAACCUCUGCCUCCAAACACCGUGACUGGUAAACCAGGGAGUCCAGCUAAACCUGUUGGACCAACAGCACCUGUGAGGACAGGAACAUCAAUUAAGGCACCAACAGCUUUUGCAACUCCAGACUAUGUUGAUGCAACUGUCUUCAGCUCAAGUCCUACAUCAGAAACAGAUUCUUCAGGCAAACCAAGGUAUCAAGCCCCCCAUGUCAAGUACAUGAAGAAAGAUGAUGAUGUGCCUUGCUCUAUCACAAGCUCUCUUGAACAUUUUCCCCAAGAAGAAACUGGUAGUAAGGAAGAGCCUACUCGUCCUCCACAAAAUCCUCCAACCAACCUCACAGUGGUGACUGUUGAGGGCUGUCCAACUUUUGUCAUAUUGGACUGGGAAAAACCAGACAAUGACACUGUUACUGAGUAUGAGGUGGUGUCAACUGAAAAUGGAGCAAGUGAUGGUGGAAAAGAGAAAUCAAUUAUCACUACAAAUCAAACCCAUUCUACUGUGGAAAACCUAAAACCUGACACAAGUUAUGAAUUCCACGUGAAACCUAGAAACCCUCUUGGUGAAGGUCCAAGUAGCAAUGUUGUGACAUUCAGUACUGAAUCAGCGGACCCAAGAGUGAGCGAGCCAAUUUCAAUGGGAAAGGAUGCUAUCUGGACUGAAAUCCCAUUUGAUUCAGACUCCUAUUCAGAAUGCAAAGGGAAACAAUAUGUAAAGAGGACUUGGUAUAAGAAGUUCGUAGGUGUGCAGCUGUGUAAUUCUUUGAGAUACAAGAUAUACCUCAGUGAUUCACUUACAGGAAAAUUUUAUAACAUAGGAGACCAGAGGGGCCACGGAGAAGAUCACUGCCAAUUUGUAGACUCAUUCCUAGAUGGGAGGACAGGACAGCAAGAUGAUCUACCAACCAAAGAUGGAUUUUUCAGGGCAGUCCGUCAGGAACCUGUCAAAUUUGGAAAAAUAGGCGGGGAGACUCACAUUAACUAUGUCCGCUGGUACGAGUGUGGAACGUCGAUACCUGGGAAAUGGUAGAUGCAACUCCAACUUGCUGAGAAGGCCCAGCACUUCCCACCCCCCACCCGACUGCCCAAGGCAGGACGAGAGAUGGAAAUGCCUAUGGUGUGCCUGGCACUUAUGUAAGGUUGCUGAUGUGCAAGGGUUUAUCCGAGUCUAAUGCCCAUACUGCAUUAAUUGUGUAAUAGUGUAGGCUGCUUACUGUAGUUAUCCAGUUUUUACAAAAUUUGUUCUUCGAUUAAAAAAAAAAAAAAUCCCAAAGAGGCUAGGGACAUGUUGUAGGAUAAUGUAUAGGGAAGCUGGCUCCCUAUUCUUGAGGUAUGGUUUAUAUGGUAUUUUAAAAGAUAUGGUGUGUAUAUUAUUUAUCACAAUGUUGUAAUAAAUGUUUAAGGCACAGUUAUGGCAGAGUUGGUUGUGGAAUGCAAUGUGCGUUAGUUUUUAAAUAUUCACUGGUCUUCUUAUCCCGUGCCAUAAGCUACCUGUCCAGAGAGAUCUGUCUGUAGUGUCUCCCCAGUCAGAAAUUACAGAGAAGAGCCUACAGGUUUUAAUAUGCUGCCACCAGUAAACUUGAAGCGCUUCCUCCUUACCUGUACACACAGCUCAUCCUCCUGCCAAAAUGCUGAGGUCAGUUGCUAUACGUGCACGUUUACACCAUCAGGUUGGUGGCAGGUUUUUUUCCAUGUUUGUUUUCAAAUGCUUCAGCUCCAGAAAAACGGUGUGUUCAGCCUGUUGCUGCAGAGUUAGAACCACUGCCCCAGAGCUGGGCAGGAGUUGGCUGGUGGGUUUGGUUCCCCCCAGUAUAAGCUGACACAUACCCAUGUACAUGGAAAAAAA